AUGAAGCAGUCUCUAGUGGAUGACACAGAGGAUGUGUCUCUUGAUUUUGGAAAUGAAGAGGAAUUGGCAUUGAGGAAAGCUAAAAUCAGGCAUCCACUGGCCACCUUUUUCCACCUAUUUUUCCGAGUGAGUGCUAUCAUUACCUACUUGUUCUGUGACUGGUUCAGCAAAAGCUUUGUUGCCUGUUUUGUCACUAUUCUCCUUCUUCUGUCCUUUGACUUUUGGUCUGUCAAGAAUGUGACAGGAAGACUCAUGGUUGGCUUACGGUGGUGGAACCAAAUAGAUGAAGAUGGAAAAAGUCAUUGGAUUUUUGAAGCCAAAAAGGUCUCUUUAAAUAAUUCAACUGGAACAGAAGCUGAAGCUAGAAUCUUCUGGCUUGGUCUGAUUAUCUGUCCAUUGAUCUGGACUGUGUUCUUUUUUAGCACCUUAUUCUCAUUGAAGCUCAAGUGGCUGGCACUUGUGAUUGCUGGAAUCUCCCUCCAAACAGCUAAUCUCUAUGGAUAUAUCCACUGUAAAAUAGGAAUAGGAGGACAAAAAAGUAUCACUAAAGUCACAUCGAGGUUUCUAUCCCAGACAAUUUUUCAGAGAGAGUGUCAAGAUGAAUUCCAAAAGCCUAGUCUAGAGGGAAUGGAAACACAUAAACAUUAA